CCCCGUUUCCCGCCCUGCCCUUCCCGCCCAACCGCCGCCGUUUGAACAAUGGCGGGCUGUGGGCUGCCCGAGGGAUGGCUGGUCUACCUCGUCUCCACACGCGCCGCCACCUUCCGCAACUGGCCGUUCACCGAGGGCUGCGCCUGCACGCCCGAGCGGAUGGCGGCGGCGGGCUUCGUGCACUGCCCCAGCGAGAACCACCCCGACGUGGUGCAGUGCUUCUUCUGCCUCAAGGAGCUGGAGGGCUGGGAGCCCGACGACGACCCGCUGGAGGAACACAAAAAGCACUCGGCCGGCUGCGCUUUUGCCUCCCUUCAGAAAGAUCCCACUGACCUGACGGUGCAGGAGCUCUUGAAGCUGGAUAAAAAGCGGAUCAAAAACGUCAUUAAAAAAGCCAUUUCUCAGAAGGAGACUGAUAUCGAAGAUGUAGCCAAGGGUGUGCGGCAUGCCAUAGAGAACAUGGGCUCUUAAGCUCCUCUGGUCUCUUCCAGACCGAUAUGCUGUAACACUGCCACACCGUCUGAAUAACUGUUUCUUGGGACCACUUCUGCAACGGCCACGCCUGUGGGAAGCAAAACUGAACUCUUCUUUAUUCACCCGAGUCUGUCUGAGAAGUACGUGGACUUUGGUGCAUUGCAUAGGUUGGCAGCAGGGGUUCUGCUUCCCAUUACUUUGUUUUUAUUUGUUAUUUUUUCAGUUCUGUUUUAUAAACUCAGUUCUUCCCAUUUUGGAAGUGCUGGUAGCUCUGCUGCAGAAACCUGUGAGAGCCAGCAGGCGUUUCUACUUUUGUACUGAAUCCUACCAGUCCUUAGGGAUACUUUUAGAAAUAAAAAGGAUUAAAACUCUGGGGACGUAAGAUUGUGGUGCUUAAUAAUGUCUAGUAAUACCAAACUGUGGUGUACUCAGUAUCCUUACAAGCUUUUGUUAGAGUUGGCUGUUGUCUCAUGUAGAAACAUUUGUAAAUAAAAGUGGAAGGCAA